AGAAGCGGAGCUCGGCUCUCACCCUCCUCCCGGCGGGGACAUGGGGAAUCCUGUGGCCGGUGUGGCGCUGACUCUCUGGUUCUUUGUGGAGUGUGUAGGGGCGAAAAAAUACUGCUGGUAUUUUGAAGGUGGAUACCCCAUCUACUUCAUAUGCCGCUCCUAUGAGGACUGCUGUGGGACUCGCUGCUGUGUGAGAGCCCUGUCCAUCCAGAGACUAUGGUAUUUCUGGGUGCUGCUGAUGAUGGGGGUGCUGUUCUGCUGUGGUGCUGGUUUCUUCAUCCGCAGACGGAUGUAUCCGUCCCCUCUGAGAGACGAGCCAGCAUUCAACGUCUCCUUCACCAGGCACCCUGUCACCUCACCAGUUUCCCAGCAGCCAGGAAGUAUGCAGGGCUUCGGGGUCAAUGGGAUGACGGGUGGUGACCCAGGGAUCCCCAUGACACACCCAGCAUACGCAGCACAGCCUGGCUCUGCCCAUAUGAUGAUGAGCUCCUACCCUCCGCCUCCAUCCUACUGCAACCACCCACCACCGUCCUACGAACAAAUAUUUCAAAACAGCGACAAGAAGUAGCGUCUGCAGUCCGCUGAGGAGAUCGAACUUGACUAGAAAGAGGGAAGGAGAGAAGAACGGGGUCAGAAGCUGAAUUACAGGGGGAAUCCGAGGAAGAUGAUGAAGAGGAAGAAGAAGCCUGCCAAAUGUUUGCAACUCUUUUUUUGGAUGUAAAACUUGGAAAACACAAUCUGUUGUUCUGUGGAAAAGACCAAAAGGCACAAUAACCGGACUUUAGAAGCACAAACACACACAUUCCCUCAUACACACACAGACACACACACAUGCACACUGCUUCAUUCGAAUGACUCAUUUACUUUUGAUUUGUUGUGGAUCCGUGUGUACAGUGAGCGUGCCGGCCUUGUGGAACCGAGGACGAGUGAUGAUGGACCCGUUGGGGUGAAGAUUUUGGAUUUACCCACUACCACCUGUCCCCUCCACCCUCCCUGUGCAGAACAAUGCCUGUCAAACUCAUUAUGUUGGAUAAUUUAGAUUUAAAGUUAUUACAGAAACACAUCAACGGUUCUUAAAACCAGUUCCACGCAUGACACUGACUUACUUUCUAUCCAGCAUUUUACCGCAGCCUGGGCUUUUUACGAAAUGAUGAGUUCUUGAUGCAUUUUUUAUUGCAGUAUAUGUCGUCCGGUUACAUAACGAUAUAAUGAGCCACUACAGCAGUGAGUGUUGCACUGAUUAAGGCUUUUCGUUGACCUCAUCAGACAUGGACCCAGCGAUGCAGAGAUGUGAUGAUGGCGUGCUGCUCUUGUUCUAGUGUCAAAUGCAAAGUCUUGGCUCCUGCGUAUGAAAAUGACACUUGUGGUCCACCACUAAUGGCUCACGGUGUAAAAGAGUUGGUUUUCACCCUAACGUUACUCUGGAACAUAAAAAUGAUGACAUGAUCAUCAGUCAUCAUCAUUCUGUGGCAUUAAGCCAGCAACACCAUUAGUCCUGUGUUACUAGCAGAGUUUGAUCAUGUAUGCUGCAGAAAAACUGUUUGAGCUCGGGAGUGUUACUGCAUGUCAGGGGCCUUAUAGCAUUAAUAACAUCCACAUGUUGUUGAAACACUGGAUUUGCUUGUGGGAGCAGUAAGUCUGCAAGAAUUCUUCAGCCUAGAGUUCAGCUUUAGUAAACUUUGACUCACUAAUGUACAAGCAACAGGAAACCAUUUUGACAGUGUCGAAGAUUUGGUUCGAUGGAUAGCUAGAUAGAGUCAGAGACUGCGUUGUCAUGGACAUCAAUUCAUUUACCUUUACCUGAAUAAGGUCAUACUUGGAAUAAGCAUUAAUUUAAUUUAGAUAUGUGGACAUGUACAUGUCUUAAUUGCACUAUACUUUACUAUUGACGUUUUCACAGCAUUUUGCAUUUUACAGCAGUUACCAAAUGCUUGAUGUAACAUUGCCUGUUUGUGAGCAAGAUGAAAAAAUAGAAAGGAGUUGUAGGUUUAGCAAAAUUAGAAAGAAAACACCAAAAAUGGUAAAAACGUUAGCAUCGUACAAUAAACUAUUUCAGGUUGUGGUUUUAAAACUGGCUGAAUAACAUUGGAUGUAUUGACAUAUUUACAUAAUCAGGUUAUGCUCCUUAACAUGCAAACAGAAUAUGAACAUAAUAUUCCAUUCGCAUAUCACGUAAACAUCAUAAUCUAAAUAAUGUCUUAUUCUGAAUACAGUCAAUAUUCAGAUUAAUAGUGUCCAUGUAAGCGUACUAUAAACUUUGCCACAACAGUUUUGUUUGACACAAGUCUUUUGACAUUAUCAUUUUUACGUUACCGAGCAUUUAAGAUCGGCCUCUGUUGUAGUCACUCCAUUCAAAAAGCCUGCAUGAGCUUAUUUUGUUGGAUUUCAAUUGCGAGCAGUGAUAGUUGUGUUACAAACAGUUCAAGAUACAUGACGGUACACCAGUUGAGCAAAGACACAGGUGGAUGAAAACACUUUGCCUCAAAUGGAAGGUCCCUAUUUCAACUUUUCCUGAAUUAUGAAAGCGUCUCCCCUUAUCUUCUGUGCAGCACUGUAUGUUGUCUCAGUCAUACACUGCAGGGUUGUGGUAAGCAGAAGGGUUUCAGGGUCUUUACUCUAUUAAUAGUAGACACACACAAGAGUGGCAUACCAUCAUGCACUUGUGCUUCUGCAUUAAAAUUGAAAUGAAAUCACAUUCAAAUAUUUGCUAGAACAGAGGAAGGAGAGGGGUGAAUGUUCUCCUGCUCUCUGAGCGUGGUGUUGUAGUCGAUGGUGAUGUUGCUGUAGGAGACGCAGCACUGAUCCAUAUCGCUCAUGUGACAUUCCUGCUGAAUCAAUGAGUGUUACGUGCCAAGAGCCUCGCACACGGAGCGAGCUCAGAGUGGCCCAGGGCAACGUCACUCAGCUCAUUUCUCCGAAGCUCGCCUGUUAGAGAUCACUGUGCAGAAUGAGCUGCUCCACUCUGUCACUUUCUGUUUGGUUUAAUAGUCUUUCACAUCAUCUUGAUUUCACCUUUAAGUUGUGAUGUUCACUUUUCCAAGUUGCUGAAACAUCUCAAACUUAUAACUGUAGAGUUGUUUCUGCUCAGGCAAACCAAACCCAAAGUGGUUAUUAGAAAAGUCAGAGAGAGAGGAGCCAAACUGAACGGAUGAUGAUAAGAACUGGACUUAAUCAGGAUUUUAUGUACA